UUCAAUUUCUGUAAAAUUCUAAUUCAACGCAUGUUUGUUGAAACGUUUUACUUAUCAAACAACUGACAUGUGUAUGGUACAUUAUGGGGUCAUAUAUUUGUAGAAAUAGCAUACGAGUUAUCAACAAGUGUACCGUUCUUCAGGUAUUUUUAUCUGAAGAAUUAACUGUUUAAAUAAAAAUGGAAGUAGAGAGAUCCUCUGAGAUCCGCCAUCAAUAUCUACAGGAGGAAAACAAUAAAGUAUUAGGCAGUAAAUGUCGAAUAUACCGACUAUGAGAUGGUGGAUAUACAUGUAUAUGUUACGAGAAAACGCACGUUUAACGUACAUAACGCAAUUACGACGGUUUCCAUAUGGCUGAACAAUCCAGUGAAAAUGUUUGUCAAACGGCUUUCAUGUGUCAGUUUUGUGAUCAACAAAAUAUAAAAUGCAAAUGCGAGGACUGCGAUAUAUUUCUAUGUGAUUCGUGUAAAGAAAAAAAUCAUACAAGACUUAAGUCAUCAGAUAAUCAUACGAUAGUGUACAUUAAAGAUAUCGGAAAGAUUCAAUGUUACGACAACGAGCCAUGGUAUCAUGGACAAAUGACGCGCAUAGAAGCAGAGACGUUACUACAAAAAUACAAAUACAUGGGGGAUGGUGCUUUUCUCGUAAGAGAAAGUAUAAGAUGUAAUGGAAAAUAUUCUAUAGAUUUCUUGGUAAAUGGUGAACCGGUUCAUGCAAGAAUACUCACAAAACAGGAGUGCGGUCGGAUGAAGUAUUUUGAUGGAGAAACUUUAUGGUUUGAUUUUUUGAACGACCUAAUCGAAUCUCUGAAGCAUAGUUCGCAUACUUGUCACCAAGGUGUUUUAACUAACAAAUUUACACUAACGGAACCUAUUCCGAAAGAAUAAAAUCUGUGAUAAAAAGUUUAAACAUGUGUUAAAAGGAAUCCACGACACACUGAUUAAACAAAUAUUUUGAUUAAAAUGAGAUUUAAUCGA